AUGUUUUGGUUAUUAUUGUCAUUGUUACCGGUGUUUGCUUUGGGGAGAGCUAUUGAGGAAGGAGAGGUCAUUCUCACACCACACGGAAUGGGGAUGCAUGCUGCUGAACGAAUUGUCAUUCCUGUAACCAACGGAGUCCUUCCCCCAUUGCCUUGUGUGAUGAGAGAGUCAGGAGCUCACGAUCAUGGAUCCUCAUUCACGAAGGGCAAUUUCCACUAUUUAUGCAAUAAUGGCACCGCUGAAGUGAUGGCUUGCAUUAGUGAGGAUGGAUCGGUGAUUCAACUGGGAAGGACUUUUGUCAAAAAUGGUAUUCGACAUAAAUGCAAUGUUGCAACGGAUACAGUUACAUAUGAGCAAGAGUCGAUGUGUUACGAGAAUGGCGUUCAUUACAAUGUGGGUGAUUCGUUCCGAAACGGAUCUUUCAAGUUGACUUGUCGAGAUGAAGGAGUCGCUAUUGAAGGUUGUUACCUUCAAAAUUCCGUCUAUGACACUUUACAAGUAGGAGAAUCGAGAAUUGUUGGACAUUACAGACACGAGUGUGAGCAAAUCGCCUCCGGAAAGGUUAGAUACACGGUGAAAGUAAUCGGUUGUGUACGAGAGGAUGAAGUUUACAAUAUUAAUCAAGUGUUCACCGAUCGUCACGUUCGUUAUCAAUGUAUGCAGGAUGGAACUCUGCAAGUUCUUGGUUGUGUGGAUAAUGGACUUUUCGUGGAGUUGGGUCGUGAUCUCCUCCUCGACGGGCUUCUCCAUCGUUGCUACAAAGUCGAUCGAACCACUUUCUAUCACAAAUUCCCAUGUGAUGGCCCUCUCGCUGAAUGUAUCGCCAAUUCAAUUACUCCUCGUGUCUGG